AGACAUUUGCUGAAUGGCUGCAAAUCAGAGGAAGUAUCUCUAGCCUCAGGCUGGGAUCCCUGUCCUCUCUCCUCCCACCUCUGACUUCAUACCACUCACCCUCCAGGGUAUUCAAUGCCCACUGUGACAUCACACAGUUGGCCUGUGACAGGCAAUCAGGUCAUCGUCCAUGGCUACCAGGUGUUUCAUGCCUACCGUGACUUCCAGGACCACAAGCCCUUUCAUGUCCACCAUGUCUUCACCUAAGAAAUCUUCAAAGCCCAGCAUGCCCCCGGCACGCACGGGAUCCUCCAUACCCACCACGGAUCCCACGCCUCCUGCCUCCCUGAAGACCACCAAAUCAACAACGCCCAACAGAUCCUCAGUGCCCACCAAGCCAGCGACAUCGGUCAUGAGCCCAAGCAGUUCCAAGUCCACCAAAUCAACCAGUACAAAGAGAGUCCCUUCUAACCGGUCCAGCAGCAGGUCCCAAGUCCGCAGCAAGGCAAGAACACCCAGCAGGGUGAGCACGGACACCAGGACCAACAAAGCCAGCAAGGCCAGCGGCGUGAGAUGCCAUCAACGGAAGGGCACACAUAGCCGGGGUAGGACACCUGGCAGAAGGGGAAGCCGCAGCUCCAAGAGGUCACCCAGCAGGGCCAGCACUCCUGCCAGAACUCAUGGUGCCAGACCAGGCAUGGCCAGCAGGGUGAGAACUCCCACUUCCCAGCAAAAACAGAGGCAGGGGAAGAGUUACGGCCGGCCUAGAACCAGCAACAGGGAAAGGAGUGACAGCCAGCCGAGAAAUAUGAGCAAGGAGAAGAGUUACAGCCCACCAGGAAGCUCAGAUAGGGGGAGGAGUUCCAAGCUGGCUGUAACUCCCAGUAGAGCCAAGAGUCACAGCCCAACUGGAAUUGCCUCCAAGAAGAAGAGUGAGAGCCCAUGUCCAUCGUCAUCAAGGAAGGCGAAAAGCUAUAGUCAGAUGAUCACCCGCAGCAGGGAAAAGAGUUACAGCCUGACUAAAGUGUUCAGCAGGGUCAAGAAUGAUAACCACGCCAGCACCCUCUGCAGGCCCCGAAGUCACAGCCAAUCUAGAAGCCCCAGAAGGUCAAGAAGUCGCAGUCAGAAGAGGACCUACAGCAGGGUGAGAAGUCACAGUUGGAAGAGAAAUCAUAGCAGGGCAAGAAGUCGCACCCGGAAGGGAAUUCUGAGCCAGAAGGGAGGACAUAGCCAGUCUAGAACCCACAGCAAGGGGAAAAGUCAAAACCAGUCUAGAACCCCCAGAAGAGGAAGAAGUCACAACUGGUCUAGAACCCCCAGCAAGGAAAGAAGUCAUAGCCCGUAUAGAAGCUCCAGCAAAGAGAGAGACCGCAGAGGAUCUAGCAGCCCCGGUAAGGACAGAGAUCACAGUCAAUCUGGAAGUCCCAACAAGCAGAGAGAUCAUAGCCAAUCUAGAAGUCCCAGCGAGAAGAAGGAUCACAGUCAAUCUGGAAGCCCCAACAAGGAGAGAUACCGCAGCCAAUCUAGAAGUCUCAGCAAGGAUAAAGAUCUCAGCUGUUCUGGAAGCCCCAGCAAGGAAAGAGAGAACAGACAAUUUAGAAGCCCCAGCAAGGAGAGAGAGCGCGGUCAAUCUAGAAGCCCCAGCAAGGAGAGGGAGUGUGGCCAAUCUGGAAGCCCCAGCAAGGAGAGAGAACAUAGACAAUCUAGAAGCCCCAGCAAAGAGAGAGAACACAGACAAUCUAGAAGCCCCAGCAGAGAGAGAGAGCGCAGACAGUCUAGAAGCCCCAGCAAGGAGAGAGAGCGCAGACAGUCUAGAAGCCCCAGCAAGGAGAGAGAUCGCAGACAAUCUAGAAGCCCCAGCAAGGAGAGGGAGCGUGGCCGAUCUAGAAGCCCCAGCAAGGAGAGAGAGUGCAGAUGUUCUAGAAGCCCCAGCAAGGAGACAGAGCGCAGACAUUCUAGAAGCCCCAGCAAGGAGAGAGAGCGCAGACAAUCUAGAAGCCCCAGCAAGGAGAGAGAUCACAGCCGUUCUGGAAGCCCCAGCAAGGAAAGAGAGCACAGACAAUCUAGAAGCCCCAGCAAGGAAAGAGAGCACAGACAAUCUAGAAGCCCCAGCAAGGAGAGAGAGAGCAGCCGAUCUGGAAGCCCCAGCAAGGAGAGAGAUCACAGACGUUCUAGAAGCCCCAGCAAGGAGAGAGAGUGCAGCCGAUCUGGAAGCCCCAACAAAGAGAGAGAUCACAGAUAUUCUAGAAGCCCCAGCAAGGAGAGAGAUCGCUGCCGAUAUAGAAGCCACAGUAAGAAGAAAGAUCAAAGCCAAUCUGGAAGCCCCAACAAGGAGAAAGACUGCAGCCAAUCUAGAAGCCCCCACAAGGAGAGAGAGAGCAGCCAAUCUAGAAGCCCCAAUAAGAAGAGUAGUUACAGACGAGCCUACAGCAAGGAGAAAGCUCACAGCCGAUCUAGAACCCCUAGCAAAGAAGAAAAUCAUAGCCAAUCUAGAACCUCCAGCAAGGAGAGAGAUCCCAGUCAAUCUACAGUCCCGGGAAGUCCAGACUGGAAGAGAUCCCCUAGCAGGACAAGGAGUCCCAGUCAGAAUAGAACCCCUAGCAAGACAAGCUGCCACUCCCCAUCAACACUUCCCAGUGGAGGCCAAAUCCUAAGCCGGGAUGACAGUCAAGCCAACGGCACCACCUCUAAGGUCACCUUACCUGGGGAAAGGUCUUCAUCAUCUUCUUCCAAGCUGGCAUAGCCCCCAGUCUCAGCUGGCUCACGGGUCUCUGUCAUGGCCGGGGGAGGGGACAGGAGACAGGAGCAGAACAGCAGCUGAGCAGCGUCCCUCCCCGGCCAGCUCUCCACACCACACCUCUGGCCACAAGUUCUCUAACACAGGAUGUUGACAGGUAGAGAGGGAUGCUGGAUAGGGGGAAAAGAAAGGCUGGUGACGAUUCAAUAAAUUUUUACAUAGCACUUGUCCCCA